AACGGGUAAACCCCUAUGUUAUUCAACGUCAUUAGAAUCAAACUAAACACUUCAGCUCUAGAUGUCCAGGUCUUAUUUCUGAUCUCAUUCAGAGCUGGUCCUAGUGUUCUUAGUCGAAGGUUUCGAAACCAUUCCAAUAGUUGUGUCGUUGUCUUAUUAGGCUCUUUUCGAAGGCUCUGUGUCACGUCAAGGACAAGAUCAGUCCAACUUGACUUGCUUUAAGCGAUUUUAUUGCUACGUUCUUGCUCUCACUCGUUGGUGAAGAUGACGGACGAACUUAGAGAACCUCUUCUUUCAUCAGAUCCAGUGAGAAUUCAACAACCUGGAAUACCAGACUCGUACAUGCCCCACAUGAUGUACACAAACGACACUAUGAUUGGGUCACUUCCAUUUUCUACAUCUCCGAUCUUCGGUAUAUCGCCAGACAGUUUCGGUGAAAUCCACCGCGAAGCUGAGCUACAGUUCCUUAACUUGGACGAACACACGGUUUUCGAGAAAGUACAAUCACGAAAGGGAGGGCUUGCUAAGAUGCGAGUGUGUAACGCAGGGGUCAAGAUGGUGUGCUCAUCACCCUAUCAGCUUCUCUGUAUCAAGGCGUUUGUGUUUCGAGAGAAAGAAGCUGCCAAGCUCCAUGGAGAUGAGAAUGGGAAGGUUGAAAUUCCAGUUGUUAUGGGGAACAUGGAGGUGCAACAAGGACAGAGAUUCUACAAGCAAUUUUUUUCUGUCGACUUGGAUUCGGUUUACGAUGGUCCCAAGAAACCUGUGUACGAGUUGGCAAAAGUGGAGAUGGAAGCAAGAAACAAGUUCCAGGUGUCCAUACAGGUUCAAUACGUGGAUGGGUUGGGUUACCAGGAGUUUACUAGUGUCCCUUUCCUAAUGAAGACAAGACCAAGAAAAAGAACGAGACUCGAGUCUGAAAGCGACGUACAAUCGCCUGAUACUUCAAGGCCUCGUAAAGACAGCGGAGAAUCCUUGGAUGUGUCUAGUAGCAGCAACUCAUCUCCUGGCGCAGACUUUAUCUCAAGUACUGAGUACAAAAGUGCAGAAUACAAUCAUGUCAAAGUCUUAGACCAUCUUGAAGCCAAACGUGCAACAUUCGAUCACGUGACAUGCAGAGUUAUGCAGUGCCAAAGCAAUGCAGAUAUUGGGUACCACUUCAAGCUAAGAGACCAAAACGCAGCAGAGCAGUACGAUGAAGGAGAUGUCGUGGGAUUCUUUAAAGAUGAAAAUGGGAAAGCAGUUAUCGAACUCCUUGAUAGUGAGAAUGCUGAUGAUGCAUUCAUGGCUGGGGUGAUUUCAAGGUCUGCUUAUCUCGAAGCUAAACAGUCUCUGCUAGAAGAGGAGACAGACAUUAUUUGUGUGAUUGGAGUCGUCAAAGUCAAAUGCAUUGGUUCAGUACGCGCUGGGGAAAGGAUCUACUCAUCCUUAGAAAAAAGUAAACCAGGUACAGCCAUAGCAGAGUCACACCUCCCCUCUGGGGCUGUACUGUCUAGUCGUGGAACACUUCUUGGGAUGGCACUGGAGGAGCGUAAAACCAAGAUGUUUGGAGAUGAAAAUCUUGUAAAGUGUUUUGUUUGCAUUGUGAUGGGGGUUACAGACAAGAAGCUAAACAUGGAAAUAGAGGACAUUUACGAUCACUUUGAGUAUCAACUGUCAAACCGAUUGAGGAAAGAAAGAAAACGAGCCAAGCGAAUUUUGAUUGCAGUAUUGUUUGUACUGGGCUUGUUCCUCGCCUCCUUAGCUUUUUUGUGCUUUGAACUCUACUGGCCUGGAUCGGCUUUGAGAGUGUACUUCUGUGAGAGACACAGCUUGAAACAUCAUACUGCAACGUUUAAAUACACACCUGAUGGCAUCAGGGCUUACAAUGUUCGAGGCAUCGAGUUUCCUUCUUGGGAAACACUUCAAAAGAAAAUUGCUCCAAUUAUUGACCAGGUCCCUCCUUUGAACAUGUCCAGACUCAACGUAACAAAAGUUCACUACUAUCUAAACCUGGACCGUUGUUCAUACGGAGGAACAAGACUCUAUUCUGCACUAAAUUUGGAUCCAAAGAAAGAAGUUGGUGGUCCACUUGUGUUUGCCAUUAAUCAAAACUGUACAAAUGUCUAUUACUACACGGACGUACCCUUUAAUCACUGGAAGCCUUAUAUAAGCGUGAGCACCUUUCCACAAUCAUUUCACUGCCACCCAGAAAGUGAAUUCAAAAACCAAAAUUAAACAGUGCUAAAAUAAAUAUUGUGAAGAUGAAAAUUAUUCAGCGUGUCAUAACGAAGGUAAGGGAACUCGAAAAAAACCCGAGUAGAAUGCUCUACCAGCGAGCUAUAGGAGAAUCUUGGUGAACUCUUGGUCAAUUCUUGGAGUAAAACCAAAUGACUUCAAAUUCUUCGAGGUAUAAAUAACAAUGAAACAGCCUUCAUUAGGUACAAUUCCCAUCUCUGAAGUUUCCUUACUUCCUCAGGGACAAGCUGCAUAGCUUUCACCUCCUCUCGAUGCAGUCAUUUGCAGACACAGUUGAAUACAUCCAUAAAUGAAUACCACAAAUUCAGUGUGGGUUGCCUCCCAUAUAUAUAUAUUUCAUAAUUCUAAAAUACCGGCCAUCGAGGCAAUUUGGGAAAGGUCUAGAAGAUAUCCCGGUUUGUAUUUCUUCUUCUUCUUCUUCUCUUGAAACACACGGUGUUGCAAAUGGUGGCUGAACUGUAUAGCGUCGCCCGUUCUGAGAAUCGGGCAAAUUAUUUGUAUAUAGUUUGUGUUGAUCGUAAUCCAAUGAUAUAUAUUAAUAGUUACACCAGUCCGUGAUCGAGUCUGGUGCAGGGCGCCUUAUCUAUGACGCGGAAGUCACUAAAUAUUUUGCAUUUUACUAGUAUUAUAUGAGCGCUAUCGAGUUCGGACGGGGCGAGGGACGCUCGUGAAGCCUCUGACAUCCAACGAUGUGUCUUUCUUUUUUUAAUAAAAAUUAUUAUUAUUAUUAUUAGGCGUUGUCCGAAAAGCAAUUGAAUUCAUACAAAAACAAGCUUUCUAAAAAAUAUGUAAAUGAAAGUAAACAAAUGUAAAUCAAAAACUGUUUUAUCACUGGUAGAUAGAUUUAUCGAGCAAAAAAUAAAAAAUAACAAAGUAUCCUUGA